AUGCCAUCUGGCACACCCAUCUCUCUGCCACAGGCUUCUAGAAUCGCGCCUUGUUCAGCUGUCACAUUGAACGACGUACUACCUCCCCCCGGUCCUCCGCCUGCCCCCCCUCCUCCGGGCGCUCCCCCUAGCGCUGGAUCUCCGCCAGGCGCUCCCCCCUGCGCUGGCGCUCCUCCGCCAGGCGCCGGCGCAGUGGGUGCAACGGGUGGCGCAACGGGUGGUGCAACGGCAACGGGUGCGGGUGGUGCAACUAGCGGUGCAACGGGUGGUGCAAGGGGCGGUGCAACAGGUGGUGCAACGGGUGGUGCAACGGGUGGUGCAACGGCAACGGGUGCGGGUGGUGCAACUAGCGGUGCAACGGGUGCAAUGGGUGCGGGCGGUGCAACGGGCGGUGCAACGGGCGGUGCAAGGGGUGGUGCAACGGGUGGUGCAACGGGUGGUGCAACGGGUGGUGCAGCGGGUACUUUCCCCAGAGCUACGUUCAACGCCUGUAGGUACCGGCGCGCUUUCCCUGGAGUGUUUUCGUUUCCAGACGCCUCUAAACGCCUGUCCGGCGAACAGGCUACUGAUAAGUAG